UGCCUUUAUAACUAGACAUUGUUUCUAAAAAACUCAAACCUCACAAUGUCUUGGUUUUUUACAAUUCUGUUUCUCACUCUCACAUUUGGUACUAAUCUUUCAGAAUCUAACCAUGACAAAUACAACAAGAAGAAGCUUCUUCCUUCAUCUUUUGUGGUUGGAACUAUCUACUGUGACACAUGUUCUCAACAAGCUUUCUCUCAAGAAAGCCACUUCAUUUCAGGUGCAUCAAUAGCUAUUGAAUGCAAAAUGGAAAAAACAAAACAAAUAUUCUAUGAAGAAGUGAAGACUAAUGAACAUGGAGAAUUCAAAGUGAAACUUCCUUUUAUAGUGAAAAAACAUGUGAAGAGAAUUAAAGGGUGUAAUUUUAAGUUAAUAAGUAGCAAUGAACCACAUUGUUCUAUAGCUUCAACUUCUACUUCAUUUUCACUAAGCCUUAAGAAAAAAAUGCAAAAAGAACACAUUUUUUCAGCUGGGAUUUUCUCAUUUAAACCUAUAAAAAACCCAAAAUUUUGUAACAAAAAAUAUAGUAUUCCAAACCCUAAGAAACAAAAUCUUGUGAAAAAUUUAGAAAAAUCAAAACUUUUUUCAAUGAAAAAAUUAGUACAUGACCAAGAAGAUUUCUUUUUUUUUCCUCCAAACCCUUUAUUUCCUCCACCUUUGAUUCCAAAUCCAUUUCAACCACCACCAUUGAUUCCAAAUCCAUUUUCACCACCACCUUUGAUCCCUAAUCCAUUUCAACCACCAAGUCCACCAUUGAUUCCAAAUCCAUUUCAACCACCAAGUCCACCACCACUUUUUCCAAAUCCAUUUCAACCUCCUCCAUCAAGUCCUCCACCACUUAUUCCUAAUCCAUUUCAACCUCCACCAUCAAGUCCACCACCUUUAUUUCCUUUUCCACCAAUAGCAAUUCCUGGUUUAACUCCUUCACCACCACCUCCACCACCACCAAGAUCCAUUUUUCCUUUUCCAUUUCCUCCUCUAUUCCCACCCCCUCAUAGCCCUGGCUCACCCCCUACUUCUUCAAUGGAUUCUUCUCCUUGAAUAUAUAGAUUAUGUGUAUGUUUAGAUUUACAGUGAAUAUGAGGAAAUCACAGUGUUAAAUCAUAAUAGCACAAAAGUUAAUUCUUGAAACUUCGAAAAAAAAUCUAGUCAUCUAUGGUCAAUCCAAACAUACAUUGUUAUAUUAAUUUACAAUUCAUUUGCUUAUUAUUUUUUUUUAUGAUAUAAUAUAUAGUUAUAUAUGUGGGAUGAAUAUGUCACAUGGAUUUGGAUUGUGUGCAAUUUGAGUGUGACAACACAUUGUAAGUCAUAUUUGAACCGUUAGAUCAAGAUUAAUCAACUGUUCAAAUUUCAAUUUUUUUAAAAAAAUUAAAAUGUCGAACUUGAAAUUUAUAUGGUAUGAUCUUGAUUAGAUGAUUUAAAUAUGAUCGGUUGUGGAAUCACAAACCUAGAUCCAUGUCACAUAUAUAGAAUGACUAGUACCAAAAUAGUUGACACAUUAUAGCUAUCUUAGUGAUUAGUAAUACAUAUUAUUUGUGUAAUAUCUAUCCUUGAAUUGUUCUAUUAAUGGACUCUUAUGAUUGUGAUAUGACUAUAUAUUUCAAUGCUUGAAUAUAAA